CAGCAACCAGAAACUUGAUUAUACCUGUCCAACUCGGUGGUAAUCUGUUCACAACCAGCGUCCAGUGACAACGUUACGAAACCGUCCUCAUCGACGCGAGAGACAGACUCUACAGCAUGGCACACAUCCUCUCCGCCGUUUCCGGUUCCGCACCGGACAUUGUCCCCGUGACGCGCGCGUUGAUUUCCGUGUCCGACAAGACGGGUAUUGUCGAGUUUGCCACCUUUUUGGCCUCGCAGAACGUGCACUUGCUGUCCACCGGCGGCACCGCGCACCAACUCCGUCAAGCCGGAUUGACCGUGACGGAUGUGGCGGAAUACACCGGGGCUGUCGAAUGCCUCGAUGGACGCGUCAAAACACUCCAUCCCAAAGUGCACGGGGGACUACUCGGAGUCCGUGGUAAUCCCCAACACGAACGGGAAAUGCAGGACAAUGGCAUACAAAACAUUGACAUGACUAUUCUCAAUCUGUACCCCUUUGAACAAACCGUGAACUCUGGAGCACCCAUGGCACAGUGUAUUGAAAAUAUUGAUAUCGGCGGACCGUCCAUGCUCCGAUCCACCGCCAAAAAUCACGCCUUUACCACCAUUGUCACCUCCCCCGACCAGUACGCCAAAGUCCAAGCAUGUAUGCAGCAACACGGUGGAACCCGAUUGGCCCUUCGACAAGCCCUCGCCGCGCAAGCCUUUGCCCUUUCCGCCGCUUACGAUUCCGCCAUUGCCACCUGGUUCAGCGAACAACUGACCGACAACGAUGCCAACGUCCCCGAACCCGUUGUUGCGCGCAUUUAUCAACCCGCAUUCCCGCUCAAGUACGGCUGCAACCCGCAACAGAGUCCCGCCAAGAUCCUAUCCCGCCUCGGCAGCAAACUCCCCUUUGACGUCAAGAACGGCACACCGGGAUACAUCAAUUUGCUCGACGCCGCCAACGCCUGGCAGUUGGUCCUCGAACUCCAGCAGGCCACCGGAUUAGCCGCCGCCGCCUCCUUCAAGCACGUCAGUCCCGCCGGAGCCGCCGUCGCCGUACCACUCAACGACCUCGAAAUGCAAGCCUACGAAGUACAGCCGGAAGACGCCGCCGCAUUGACCCCCGUAGCCUUGGCAUACCUCCGAGCCCGCAACGCCGAUCCCAUGUGCUCCUUCGGAGACUUCUGCGCCGUCUCGGAGCAAGUCGACGAAGCCACCGCUCGCUAUUUGAAAAAGGAAGUCAGCGACGGUAUUGUCGCUCCGUCCUACACACCGCAAGCGCUCGAAAUUCUCAAGGCCAAGAAAGGAGGAAAAUUCAUCAUUCUGGAAGCCACGCCCGACUACCAGCCAGGCGAUUUCGAAUACCGUGAGGUCUACGGCAUGACCUUUUCGCAAAAGCGCAACGACGUCAUUAUUGGCAAACAACACAUGGAGAACGUCGUGACUGCCCAGAAGGAAAUGAAUGUGCGAGACGCCAUUGUCGCCAGCAUCUGCAUCAAGUACACGCAGAGUAACUCAGUCGGAUUCGCCAAGGACGGUAUGAUGGUGGGUGUGGGUGCCGGCCAACAAUCGCGCGUCGAUUGCGUGAAACUAGCCGGCCGCAAGGUGGCCACGUGGUACCUCCGCCAACACCCCAAAGUCCUCGCCUUGCCCUUUCGUGCUGGCGUCAAACGUCAAGACCGCGUCAAUGCCCGCGUCCGGUACAUUGAAGGAGACUUCACCGCCGAAGAAAAGACUCGAUGGGAGGCCAUGUUCACCGAGGUUCCGCAAGUUUUGACGGACGCCGAAAAGGACGCUUUUCUCAAGGGCUCCACCGGGAUCAGUCUCAGCAGUGACGCAUUCUUUCCCUUUCGCGACUCGAUUGAUCACGCGUCCAAGCUGGGGGUCUCAUUCGUGGCACAACCCGGCGGUAGUGUCCAGGAUGAUCAAGUGACGGAAGCUUGUAACGAAUAUGGCAUGGCCAUGGCCUUUACCGGUGUUCGUUUGUUCCAUCAUUAG